AUGUGUACAAGUAAGCACGAACACCCGCUUCCAUGGAUCGUAAUACUGGGAGUUGAAACUCUGGUCAUUAUUCUCGGAAAUGUGGCUACAGUUAUCGUGUUUUGGAAAAACAGAUCCCAGCUGAAGCAAACUUGUUUAUUCCUGAUAAAUCUAACAGUUGCCGAUCUGAUGGUUGGUAUCGGCAACAUUGAAAGUGUGGUCGUUGAAAUACAUAAAAGCUUCAAGACAUCUUUGAGUUGUGAGACAGCUUGGGGAGACUACGUGGUUUCGGAGGAACUUUUUGGAUGUGCAUCCAUUGGUUUCCUCGCUCUCAUUUCUUUAGAGAGACUUUACGCGGUAGUAUAUCCUCUUCGCAUCAGAACCACAUCGACACGAAAAUAUAUUUUUAGCGUUGGAGUAGUGUGGCUUCUAUCGGGUACAGUAGCUGUGGCCCAGCUGUUAGGAACUGCUGCAACUUUGAUAACCGAAGACAUCUUUAUUUGGUUUGUGACAAUGUACUUGUUUGUCUGCUUAAUAAUUAUCUCGUGUGCAUAUUCUGCAGUGUGGUUCUCGUCCAGAAAGGAAGACCCAAGAUUGCCACCAAACAGAUAUAAACGAAACAAAGAACUGGUUAAGACUCUGUUUAUUGUAACUUUGUUGUCGCUAAUUGCUUGGCUACCCUUUACCGUGGUACAUAAUUUGCGGUUCACUUUGAAAGAGAAUUUCGCCAUUGGGCCAGUCUUCGAUGAUGUAACUCAAGUUCUUCAGUUGGCAAAUUCUUUUAUUAAUCCAGUAGUAUAUUGCUUUAGGAUGCCACUGUUCAGAAGAACCCUGAGAGGAUUAUUCACCAGGAAGAAAGCAACGAGGCUACACUUUCGUGAACACCAAACUUGCUCAUAAACUCAUACCGUCAUUCCUCUCUGAAAUUCGAAUUUAAGUGAAGCUUUUUAAGCGCAGAAACGACUCCGUUAUUUCAUGUUUAUAAAUAAGGACGCAACGUAUGUCUAAAGCAUUAAAGCAGUAAAGCCCAUCAGAAAGUACAAAUAUGAAACUAUUAAUGCAAAAGAACUAAUUCUGAAGGGGUAUUAUAAU